AUGUCUUUCUCUCUUUCCUCGAAUGGGCUUGCGAAUAUAGCUGCAUUACCUGUGAAUGAAGAAGACAAUUUUGUCAUUAAUAUCGGUAGUAUUCAAUUUAACUGCGCCAAAUACGUAGCCGCAUUUAUUUCGCCGAUAAUUACAAAAUUACUUAAAGAAGAUCAGCUCAUUUCAAGUUUUUUGAUUGAUACAUCAUGCAAUAAUCCAACAAUGAUUGAAUCUUUUAUGGCAAAACUUCUUUCCGGACAAAAAUUUGAUAUUAAUUCCCAAAAUUCAAAGUACAUUAAAGAAAUAGGAACCGCAUUACAAAAUUCUGAGAUUGUAGAGUCUGUUGACAAAGCAAUUUCUACAAAAUCUACGUAUUCUCCAAAAAAUAUCAUUCAAAUCAUUAAAGAAAAGUCCAAUCAUACUCUGAACAUUACCGAUGAAGUUGAUUAUGCAGCAAAGAACAUAUCAUUCUUACCUAGAAGCGAAUUACUUGAUUUAGAUCUUGAUCUAAUUGAUCAGAUACUUUCAAGCCCGAAUUUACUGAUUGAAAACGAAGAUUGGCUUGCCGAACUCAUAUUUGACAUAUGUAAAUCCAACGAAAACCAAAAUGCGGCCUUUCUAUUUCAUAAUAUUAAUUUUGAGUACCUUUCUACAUCAGGAGUGACCAGAUUCCUCAAAGUCGUUAACCACAAAAACCUUACAGGCCCUGUAUGGUCCGCUCUGACUCAAAGAUUAACUCAUGAUAUUGUUCAAUCGACAAUUGACGUAAAGAGGUACUUUACAGGUUUCAAACCAGAAGAAACAAUCGUAGAUGAUAAAGUUAAGAAGAUAGAAUUCACGGGAAAUCCAUUUGAAGGUAUAAUCCAUGAAAUGACCAAAGAAACCGGUCAAAAUCCACAUGCGGCCAGGGUUGUAGAGAUCACGAGUAGCAGCAAAGAAAGGAGUCAUCCCUGGAACAUCCUUGAUUACAAUUGGACCGGAUGGUUCUAUACAAGGAACAUUCCUGACUCUUGGAUACAAAUGGACUUCAAAAACAAAAGAAUUGCUCCUACGUGGUACUCUAUUAAGUCUGACGGAAACAGCUGCAGCCAUAUAAAGAACUGGGUACUCGAAGGAUCAGAUGACGCAACAAAUUGGUCAAUGGUUGAUGAACAAAGAGACAAUUCUAUAUUAAAUGGCCAAUUUAAUGUUGGAACAUUUAAAUGCUCAAAAUCUAGGUUUUACAGGUACUUUAGAAUAAGACAGAUUGACUUGAAUACAAGUGGAAACAACUAUUUGGGAAUGUGUAAUUUCGAAAUGUUUGGAUCUAUCAAAGAUAAUGUUGAAUAA